AUGUUCAAGUUCAUCAACACGACGGAUGGCCGUCCGCAAAAGCGCAAACAAGCGCAGCAUGCGUGCGAGACGUGUCGGAAGCGCAAGGUCAGUCCAACGAGGCCCACUCAAUGGCCCUCGCUAAUGCUCGCGCCGCAAACAUCACGGGAUGGCCCUCUUGCUGGAGCCGAUGUCAAUCGGCCAAUCGGAGCGCAUCUUUCUCUGAUGACCGCCGUCGGGAUGUUCAGAAAGAAUAACGCCGUUGCGUCUCCGCCCAAGACUCCCGAUUCGGAGUCGGCGCGUGGCACGGCACGCCCGAGGCCAGCGCGGCGGCCCUCGGAUGCUAUCUCGGCCGCUGUCCUGGCCGUCCCGAGGCCAACGCCGGCUCAGGCCCGGCCGCCGCCCAGUCCAACAACCACGGACUCGCGAGAUCGAUCGCGUCGAUCUGUCGACGCCCAAGAACCUCCGUCGCGUCACCAGGCGGUUGAUGACGACCACGGUCAGCAUGACGAUGCCCGGUUCGUCGGCGAUUUAAACCCUGAAGGUGCCUUUCUCGCCGACAGCCCGGGAACAAGCCGCGGAUAUGCAGAGUCAAAUUCCGUAGGUGUCUGGUAUUCCCGCCGAAAUGUGAGGGGCAACGAGAUCAGCACAGAAGUGGCAUCCGCUGUCUCAGCUGAUCAUGCCGAGCACCAAUUCCUCGCUGUUCUUCCGAGGAGGGCCUACUACGAGAAGCUAGAGAAGAUCUACCUCCGUGAUGUCCACAGGAUAUUCCCCGUCCUCAACCUAGAUAUUCUGAAAAAGCCGGUCUCAACCACAUCGCAAAUUCUCUGUAAACAAGCCAUCUGUCUGGCCGCAGGGUCCAGUCCCAGCGCCAAGCCAUUCCUGAGUCUCGGUGAAGACUCAACAAUCAUUCUGACCUACCCAGAAUUUGCCCAGCGAUUAUCAUCCGCCAUUCGCAAAGCCAUCGGUCUGGGAUUGGUAAAGGACAGAGUUCAGACAACGGCAAUCCUCGUGAUUCUCUCACUGUACACCCACUUCUCCGAGGAUCGGCAUCUUUCAGCAGAGUUGGCCGCGCAGGCUGUCAGCAACGCGCAAACAGUCGGGCUUCAUCUUCAAAACCCACCGGCAAGAAACGAUGACCCAGCCUACCUCACUCGCCUGUUCUGCUGUGUCUGGGCCACGGACAUACUAACCGCUGCCUUUCAUGGCCGGCCUGUGAUGAUACACGAACGCGACCUUGGCAGGGAUGUACAGGCGUGCAUUCGAGAGCAAGAUAGCUGCUUCCGCCUGUUUCUUGACAUCGUGGCAUUGUUGGGUCGAAUAAUCGAUCUAUACCGUCCGGCUCAGAAGACUUCGAGUUGUCUUGUCAUGGAAGAUCUCCCCAGUUUUGAGUGCCUGGUUGAAAGAGCCCAUGCGCUUCGCGUCGAUUCUCGACUGCUGGGAUCCCUUGAGCUUUUGUACCAUGCCAUCGCCAUUCUCUCUUGCAGAGUACCGGUUGGGCCGUCGCCAUCUGAGCACGCAUCCUUAGCAUACACGCGCCAAUCCCUGUCCGCCAUCAAAGUAACCACCAUUGUGGAAGAUUUCGGCGCCUCUCUAUCUUACAUGACAUUUGUGCCAUACGCCGUAUCAUUAUCGUUGAGAGUCGCUUAUCGGGAACUUCGAUCCUGUAAAGUUCCGAUGCUGACCGUCAGAUCUCGACGGCAGCUCCAGGCAAUUUGUCGAAUACUCAGAGAUCUUGGCGGCAUGUUUCGAUCGGCGUUGGUAAUGGUCGAUCUCGCUGAGCAAGUCCUCCAGGAGAUGGAUCAGGUCUGCUCAAAUGCGGCCAACAAGCAGGAUGAACAGGGGGCAAACGGAACGAAUGCAGCAAACACCCCUCAUCAAGAAGGCGCGCCUGAUCAACAAGGGCCCGAAGCUGGAAACAACACCGUAGUUAGCACAUUUCCAGAGCAGCAAGGGGACCUGAUAGCAACUUUCGACCCAUCUUUCUACGAAGGCCCUGCAGGCCUCGACGUUUUCGAAUACUUCGAUCCUAGCUUCGACCUCAAUGCCAUCGACGCCAUCUUGGGAGGUGAUGCACCUCCUGAAUUCGGCAAUAUGGCACCCAUGCCCUGGAGACAGCACAAAUGGCCCCUCUUCUACUGUCUCGUUUCUCUGAUCGGAGCUUUUGCGUAUGGAUAUGAUACUAUCUACUAUACAGGUAUUCAGGGCAUGGCUCCCUUCAUCCGAGACUACGGACACCAAAAGCCUGAUGGCACCUACGAACUUGGAACGACGUUUCUCUCCGUCACGGCCUCUCUAAUCUACGUUGGAGAGUUCUGUGGCGCCCUUUUCACGGCUCCUAUCAACGACAGAUGGGGACGAAAGGCUGUCUUUGCAUCAGCAUCUGUCUGUAUCGUUGCCGGAGCCAUCGUCCAAGUCUGUUCCUUCGGUAACUACGGCGUGUUUUGCCUCGGACGCGUUCUGAUCGGUCUGGGCAUCGGCCAGUUUACCGCAACGUGCCUCAUCUACAUCAGCGAAGUUGCGCCAGCACAGAUACGCGGCCCGGCUCUCAUGAUGUUCCAGUUUAUGCAGUCAUGGGCCCAGUUCGCCGUGGCAUGCAUCACUCAGGGGACAUCAAACAUCGAUAACGCCGCUUCCUAUCACAUACCCAUGGGCUUGCUUGUCGUCCUUCCAACGGCCAUGCUGAUCUGUCUCCCGUUCAUCCCCGAGACACCAGUCUGGUACAGCUACAAAGGCCAUCACGACAAGGCAGAGAAGGCCCUCCGCAAGAUCAACCGAGGCGUACCGAACUACGAUGCUACCAACGAGCUCCAGCUUAUCAACGAACAAGUUCGACUAGAGUUCGAGUCGACAGCGGACUCAACUUGGAUUUCCCUCCUCAGCGAUCCGAUCGAACGAAGAAAGUUGAUCUUUUCAUGCGGAGCGAUGUUUGCCCAGCAGAUCAACGGCAUACAGUUCUGGUACACAUACGGGGUGGUCUUUGCGCAAUCAAUAGGGGUCGCGCAGCCUUUUACUAUCAACACCAUUACCAACGUCAUUCAGAUUUUCGCUGUGGGAGCUUCGGUGCUAUUGGGCAAUAAGAUUCGCCGCCGAACGAACCUCCUCAUCUGCACGUUGGGCAUGUUUGUCUCUCUGAUUGCCGUCGGCGGACUUGGCACGACCAAUCCCGGCGGCCCAUUCUCCGAGGGUGUUGGGACCGCCAUUGUCGUAUUUGCAUACAUCAAUAUUGUGUGCUUCAACUUUUCCAUCGGAACCUUGUCGUACACCAUCGCCUCUGAGAUGGCGGUUGGCCGGAACCGGAACAAGAUCACCGCAUGUGCCAUUGGGGUGUUCUUCUUCACAGUCUGGCUGAUGGUCUUCGUCAGUCCAUAUCUUUACUACACUGCUAAUCUGGGUCCGAUGCUUGGCUUUGUGUAUGCUGGAACGACUCUCUUCACGCUGGCAUACGUGUGGUUCUGUGUGGGAGAGACGACCGGCCGGACAAAUGCAGACAUCGACCGGUUAUUCUCGGAGAAGAUUCCUGUAAGAAUGUGGGACUCCUACAUUUUCCAAAAUGCAGAGGCGAAGAGUGAUGGGAUAGUUGAGCAGGUUGAGACACAUGGAAUGGUGCAGAAGUCGAUGGCAUGA